AUGGCCCCCAAGGCCGGCCGCGGCAAGGGCAGGGGCGGCGGCGGCAAAGGCGACAAGAGGAAGAAGGAAGAGAAAGUGGUGCCCAGCGUGGUGGACAUCACGGUUGUCACCCCCUACGAAUCCCAGGUGACACUCAAGGGGAUAUCCACGGACCGUGUGCUGGACGUGCGGAAGCUGCUGGGGUCGAACGUGGAAACGUGUCACCUGACAAGCUAUUCACUCUCCCAUGUGGCGCGCGGGCACCGGCUCGAGGACGGCGUGGAGAUGGUGGCGCUCAAGCCCUGCACGCUCCGGAUCGUCGAAGAGGAGUACGCGACGGCGGAGCAGGCGGAGGCGCACGUCCGCCGGCUGCUGGACAUCCUCGCCUGCACCACCGCGUUCGCCAAGCCCCGGGACGGCGCCGCCAAGCACAAGUCGUCCAAGCACGGGCGCCCCGCGACACCGCCCUCCCCUCCCGCACCCGCCUCGACCGGGGCCCAUGGCGUCGGCGGCGGCGAGGCCGCGCCGCCGAUAUCGGAGGCGCAUGACAUGGCCGCCAUCCGGCCGCCGCCGAAGCUGGGGGAGUUCUACGACUUCUUCUCCUUCGCGCAUCUCACCCCGCCCGUCCACUUUAUCAGGAGGAAGGAGGCGAAUGGCGCUUCUCAGGAAGGCGAUUACUUCGAAAUCGAGGUGAAGGUUUGCAACGGGAAGCUUCUGCACAUAGUUGCUUCAGUUAAGGGUUUCUACUUGGCAGGGAAGCGCCACAACGUAAGCCACUCCCUGGUGGACCUGCUGCAACAGCUCAGCAAUGCAUUUGCUAAUGCAUAUGAGGCGUUGAUGAAAGCUUUUGUGGAACACAACAAGUUUGGGAAUUUGCCGUAUGGAUUCCGUGCAAACACAUGGCUUAUUCCUCCAAUAUAUGUUGACUCCGCCACAAAGUUCCCAGCACUACCAGUCGAGGAUGAGAAUUGGGGUGGAAAUGGGGGUGGCUGUGGGCGUGAUGGAAAAUAUGACCGCAGACGGUGGUCAAGAGAGUUUUCUGUUUUGGCUAGAAUGCCAUGCAAAACUGAGGAAGAACGGGUGAUCAGAGACCGGAAAGCUUUUCUUUUACACAAUCUGUUUGUAGAUACAUCAAUUUUUAGAGCUGCGUCAACAAUAAGGCGACUCAUUGAUCAGUCUAUGAACUCAAUGGGUCCACGUAGUGGUACGCAUGGUUCAAACGUAUUUGAGGAACGUAUCGGUGACAUGAAUAUAAUGGUGAAGAAGGAUGUGGCUGAUGCUAGUUCAAAGGUGGAGGACAAGGUUGAUGGCGUUGCCUUCUGUCAAACGGGUGCUAUGGAUAUUGCACAAAGGAAUCUUCUGAAAGGUUUAACUUCUGAUGAAAAUGUUGUUGUUAAGGAUUCUUCGACACUCGGGGUGGUGAUUGUCAAGCAUUGUGGAUAUACGGCAAUUGUGAAGGUUUCUGGACGUGCAAAGGACAGUAAUGAUGUUAAACAAUCAAAUGACAUCUCUGAUAAUUUUGAUGGAAUGCUGAACAUUGAUGUACAUGACCAUCCGGAUGGAGGUUCUAACGCCUUGAAUGUUAACAGUCUAAGGAUACCACUCCCGAGAGUUAUCCAUCCAGAAACUGUUGUUGGUAAUCAGCACCCUAGCCCAAAGUCACAUGCUAGUAACCCCGCAAGGAAACUGGCACGUAAAAUACUCGAGGACAGCUUGAUAAAGCUGGAUAGCAUGCCUAGCAUAAAUUCUAGGAUUAUCAGAUGGGAACUUGGGUCCUCCUGGCUGCAACAGUUGCAGAAAAAGGAUUCUCCAGCGUCUGAGAAUGGUAAGGGAAAUGCAACAAAGGCUGACAAAGAACUAGCUGUCAAAGGUCUUGGAAAGCAUUUUGAACAAUUAAGGAAAAUUAAAAAGAAAGAAUGCAACAUUGAAGGCUCCAGUUCUGAGAAGGAAGAAUGCAACAGUAACUGCUCGUCAAUGAAUGGUACGCAAGUAUCAGAUAUAGCUGUUGAUGAAACGAAUAAGGGGGCUGAUAUAAGCGAGUUAAUGUCAGAGGAUGCUUUCUCUCGCUUGAAGAGUUUGGGAGCUGGCCUUCAUGAAAAGUCCCUCGAUGAGCUCACAAAGAUGGCCCAUAAUUUCUAUGAUGAUACUGCACUCCCAAAGCUGGUGGCUGAUUUUGCGUCCCUUGAGCUUUCUCCUGUGGAUGGAAGAACCAUGACCGAUUUCAUGCAUACAAGGGGACUUAAUAUGUCCUCUUUAGGCCGUCUGGUAGAGCUAGCAGAGAAGCUCCCACACAUCCAGACUAUAUGCAUUCAUGAAAUGGUUAUAAGAUCCUUUAAGCACAUCAUCCGAGCUGUUAUUGCUGCUGUUGAUGACAUGCAAAAUAUGUCUGCAGCUAUAGCUGAAACUCUAAACAUAUUACUUGGAUCUCCCAGACUUGAAAAUGGUGCUGACACAGAUGCCCAUAUUGACAAUAAUUUGCGAUUGAAAUGGGUAGAGAGCUUCCUUUCAAAAAGAUUCUGCUGGAAACUGAAAGAUGAAUUUGCACACUUACGGAAAUUUAUCAUUCUGAGAGGGCUUUGCAGCAAGGUUGGACUGGAGUUAGUUGCAAGAGAUUAUGAUAUGAAUAGCCCUAACCCAUUCGACAAAUCUGACAUUGUCAGCAUUGUUCCUGUAUGCAAGCAUGUGGUCUAUUCAUCUAUUGAUGGCCGAAACUUGCUGGAAUCAUCGAAGAUGGCACUGGAUAAAGGAAAAUUAGAUGAUGCUGUGAGCUAUGGAACAAAGGCAUUGUCCAAAAUUAUAGCUGUUUGUGGUCCAUACCAUCGACUGACAGCUAAUGCAUACAGCCUUCUUGCUGUGGUGCUUUAUCAUACUGGAGAUUUUAAUCAGGCAACUGUAUAUCAACAGAAGGCACUUGAUAUUAAUGAAAGGGAGCUUGGUCUUGAUCAUCCGGAAACUAUGAAGAGUUAUGGGGAUUUAUCUGUCUUCUACUACCGCCUUCAACACAUUGAAAUGGCUCUAAAGUAUGUCAACCGCGCGCUAUAUCUGCUUCAGUUUUCGUGUGGCCUUUCACACCCGAAUUCAGCUGCCACCUACAUAAAUGUGGCUAUGAUGGAAGAAGGCAUGGGAAAUGUUCAUGUUGCUCUUCGAUACUUGCAUGAAGCCCUGAAGUGCAACAAGAGGUUGCUAGGAGCUGAUCACAUCCAGACUGCUGCAAGCUACCAUGCCAUAGCCAUAGCCCUUUCAAUGAUGGACGCGUACUCCCUAAGCGUGCAACAUGAACAAACAACCUUGCAGAUACUUCAGGAGAAACUAGGGCAAGAUGACCUCCGAACUCAGGAUGCUGCUGCAUGGCUAGAAUAUUUUGAGUCUAAAGCAUUAGAACAACAAGAGGCCUCUCGAAGAGGCAUGCCAAAACCUGAUUCAUCUAUUGCAAGUAAAGGACAUCUUAGUGUAUCAGAUCUUCUUGACUUCAUAAGCCCAGACCAGGAAAGAAAAGAAAGGGAUAUGCAAAGGAAGUGCAGGCGUGCAAAGAAUAAUAUCAGAGCUCAUCAUGGUGAAUCAGUUGAAGAGAAGGAGAAUUUCCAGCAUGACUCAGGAUCUCCUCUUGAAGCAAGCAAAGACGGUUUUCAAGAAGAAAAACUGGAUGUGCAUCCUCCUGCUGUAUUAGAAGAAAAUUAUGCUGCCCAUGACGAGCAGAAGCAAUGUGAUGUUCUAUCACCAGAAGAAUAUUCGGAUGAAGGGUGGCAAGCAGCUAGUAUGAGAGGAAGAUCCGCAAAUGUAAGGAAGAAAAGCAGUCGCAGGAAACCGGCUCUUAUGAAAUUAAUGGUUGAUCGUUUUGAAGAUGGUCAUACAGGUUCUGUAUAUAGGACUGGUUUACAGUCUCAAACAAAAGGAGACAAAGAAGAUUCUGUAAGUGCUCCUAGCCAGCUUUCAUUUGGUAGUUUUUUAAAAACCGACAAGUUGAAUGAGGAUCCCAGCAUUGCUGAAGAUAAGUCUUGCAAUGGUAGCACUAAACCAGAACAACGUACAAAGCCAACAGGAAUUAACAGGCCAACCAGCAUUGCUUCCAAGUUUAUAUCAUACAAAGAUGUGGCUGUUUCGCCCCCUGGCACAGUAUUGAAACCAACUUUGGAGAAGAAGGAAGCAAAGGAGAAGGAUAGUAGUGGACGUGAUAUUGAUCUAACACUGUCAUCCGAGGAAGAAGAUCGAAAGUUUACAGAAAAAGAGAAAGAAAAGCCAAGUGAGGACAGUAGCAAAGAGGUUCUUUCAAGUCAGCAAGACUUAGAGAGUCAUGUAGAAAUAGCUCCUGACAGAAACAGUGAUGAAGGCCCAUCUGCAUCUAAGAAAGCAUCUGGAAGCAAACUGUCAGCUUCAGCUCCUCCAUUCAAUCCAGGAUCACUGUUAUCAAUGUCCCACCCAUACAGCACGGUGGCAAUAUAUGAUGCCAGUGCUGUUCUUCAGGCAAUACCAAGUCAAGCAAUGGAGAUUCUCCCUCAUGCCAUUGAUACUAGAGUGCCUCGUGGUCCUCGGUCCACCUUGUACUAUCGUACUGGGCAUUCCUUCCAAAGGAAACAAGGUUACACGCACAGCCAGAGCACUAUUGUAAGGUGUAGCAACUCCCCCACAACCAUGAAUCCUCAUGCUGCUGAAUUUGUGCCUGGAAAAACUUCGCAACAGUCCGAUGUGGCUGACAGAGAACCCAGUAGUCCUGCUAAUCCUGUGACCAUUUCUGAUGUGGAUGUUGUAUCACAGACCACAGAUGAAGUAAAGGCUGAAACGCCUGCUGCAGAAAAGGCAGGUCAAGUUGAGAAAGUCGUUUCAAGUAAAGGAAAGGAAAACAGAGGGAAAGACAUCGUGAGAAAUUCAUACAAAACAGAACUUGCAAGGCAAAUUUUGCUCAGUUUCAUUGUGAAGUCAGUGCAUGACAGUUUAGGUUCCGCCCAAGCUGAACAAGAGAGGAAGCCAAGUGGAUCAGAUGAAGCUAGUAAUGAACAGAGUAGCAACUUAGGCAAUAAUGCUUCUGGUCGCAAAGAUUCAGAUAAACAAGCGAAAGCCACGGAGGUUCCUAAGGGUCUGAAGGAUACAGAGGGAUUUACAGUCGUUUCAAAACGUCGAAGGCGGCCACAGCCAUUCAUGAACCCCAUAAAUGGCCUCUAUUCUCAGCCGUCUAUUACCUCUGUCAGUUAA